AUGGCGGACGAUAUUGCAACGUGGGACGCUUCUGGCGUCGUGGCGCGGGCCAAAGCGCUGAUCCACUCGAGCAACGUGCGUGUCCUCAUAUUCCCCUGCGUCUUCUCUAUAUUUACACACAAGGCGCAGCUCUCGGAUCUCUCUUACGACAAAGUGGCCGAUGCACGGAAGGAUGUGGACGACACUGUGGCCAAAUGGGUGGCCUUUGUUCAGACGCAGAGCGACCCCAUGAACGUGGCCAGAGGCAGCACCGCCGUCGUGGCCUUAUGGCGUCAAUACGCGGCGCUAGAAAUGGAACUGCGGCAGUUCAAACAGGCCACUAAGGUGUUCGAACGAGCUGUAAGCUGCCCCAUCGCUGGCUCCUGCACGGCCUUAUGGCUGCAAUACGCAGACUUUUGCGUACAAAGGAAGAAGUUUUCUAAUGCCAGGAAGAUCUUUGUGCGGGCCCUGCAGACACUGCCCGAACGGGAGCAAACGGCCGUGUGGGCCCGAUUCUAUGGCUUUGUAUGUACUCAUGUGGACAAUAAGUUGUCGCUGGCCAUGCUGCAGCAUCAGGUUAUGCCCGACAAGUUCCCGCAGCCUGGAACCGCAUCCACUGCUGCUCCUUCUGCUACUAGCGCCGCCUCUGUGGCUACUGCCACGCUGCCGAGCACGCUGCAGCCUCAACAGCAGCCCAAGACUGGGGCCGUGUCGCUGGUAUACCCUGUCGUAGCUUUUAUUGACAAGACUGGCGAAGUGACGCCCUCGCCUUCACCUCUAGCGGUCGAGAGUGUCGGCCACUUGGGGGCCGUCAAGCGGCCGGCAGAUCCACGUCUUGCUGGCGGUGCCAAGCGCGCCAAACAAGACGUAGCGGCGGCCACAACCCCGGCCGAGCCUACGGCCUUCUUCUCGCACAUCCCUGUGACGCUACCGUCUAUCCCCAGCUGUCCGCACUUGUUGUUUGAUAGCGUGGCCGACGGCGGGGCCCAGAAGCAGAUUGGCAACGAACUAUUGGAACGUUUGUCGGACGUUCUAGGAGAUAGCGCCGUCUUUGAAGGCGUACGCGAUCUCCGCGACAACCAACGCACUCGUGACCGCGAGAUGCUGUACCGUUGGCAGGAACUUGUGGCCAUGCAGAUGAAAGAGGGCAGCGAGCUGUUUGCGCGCCAUGUGGCGUUGGAGAUGCAGCACGGCUUCUCGGACCCGCGUGGCCUCAUCGCACUCAAGACGCAGCACUUGGAGCAGCGUCGCGAGUUCUCUAGUCGGUGUCAGAUGUCUCAACAACAGUUUAUCGACAUUUGUGCAAUGGAUCGUGCCGGCGCGCUCAAGGCCCAACAGAUUUCGCUCGAGAACAUGAAGAUCCCGGAGAUUCAGGUGACAACGGAGGCCGAAGCCAUCAGUUUGCAGCGCGCUAUUGUAGGUUUGAUUCUUGAAGCAGAAAAGCUGUGGCGUGAGGAGAAUCAGCGCAGUAUUGACGCUGCUAAGAAGAGUCAGACAGCCUCUUCCUCUGCCUCUUCUAGUCGGCCUCCUGCGAGACAGAGGAGAGACAGUCAGGACUCUACGACUUCCAGUCACUCGACUGCGCGUAGUUCUAUUAGUGGUGGUGGCUUUCGUGGUAGUGGCAGUGGCAACCGGCAAGACCCACGCGGUGCUCGUAACUGGGGCGGUAAUGGCAACAAUCGCCGCCGCGAUCGUGACCCGCGUGGAGGUCGAGGCCGCUCUAACAAGUGGGACAUCCAGCCUCCUCAGUCAGGUCCUGUUGCCGCUGCUGCGCCCUCGCAGCAGUCACGUUACGAUUACCCUGGACAACAGACUGCGCCUGCGCAGCAAAUGCCCCUGUAUGACCGUGGGCCACAGCAGAUGCAGGCUCCUUCGCAGCAGCCACGUCCAUUCCAGCAGCAGCCGUACGGUAUGCCCAAUGCAUCGCAUUACGAUGAAUACGGUGGCCGACAGGGAUGGCCCGCAUGGCGAUCGGUUUGUAGGACAAGGCGGCCCUUCUAG